UUUCCUCGCAAUUUUUCUUUAUUACUUUCAAAUUUCGUAAUAAUAUUUACACUUGUGUGUUUCUAAUUGUUGCAUGCAAAUGUCACAUAUAAACCCUAAUUAACACAGACGUUGUUUUACUGACUGUGUAAAGCAGUGUAAUCCUUUCAAAUUCACGCUGCAAUUGUAACGAGUACACUUGAAAUGUUAUAACCCAUUUACGAACUCACUCAAAAAACACGUCUCUUGAUGCGUGAACAUGUCUCAUAUCACCAAUAGUUGUGACUCUUCACUACUAUUUAUACAUUACCAACUUUCCCGAAUUGAACAUAGCAUUGUUUCAUGUUUCCUUCAACGGAUUCUCCACUUUCUUUCACUGUUUCUCUGAGACGAUAUUCUUCUGUUCCACCAAAUGGACAGAGAACUGUACAAAAUCCUUGUCACUAAUCUUUCUCGUGAUCCCUCCGACUCCAUGCGAUUGCUUGCUAUGUGGCUGUGGUUGGAAAAAGUUGGUUUUCGUAAUGUUAUCGUAAGGAUUGUGUCUUCGCCUAUUAAUUUGAUCAAUGACAUUGCCGUUGAAUCAAUGAUUUGUCUCACUUGUCUUACGAACAACAAUAACACUUCCCUAAUUGCAAUAUCAUCUUCUGAAGCAAAUGAUAUUCCACUGCUUCAAAGCCUGAUGGACAACGAAAUUUCUCCAAGAUUCUUUAUUGAGAAUCGUGAGCAAGCUAUUAAAGGGAUGGAGAUAACAAGAAGAGAAGAUUGUAUGAGUUCAUUUGGUGACAUCAUGCAACAGGUGAUGUUGAGAAACUUAGCGGAGAGAAUGGCAGAGCACAGCAAUUUUUGGUAUGGUUCAAUUGGACCAGUGGAUCUGCAGUUCGGUUCGUUUGGGAUUGCCGGUGCAAUUGUGCAACAACUGAGAAACAACAAUGGAGAAGGAGGAAUCAUACCGGCGGAUGAUAGGACAUUAUUUGUGACAUUUUCGAGGGGGUAUCGUGUUGAAGAAUGGGAAGUUCAAGAAUUUUUUACUAUGGCUUAUGGAGAUUGCAUUGAGGCUUUGUUUAUGCAAGAAACUUCAUCAAAUGAACAAUCACUUUUUGCUAGAAUUGUUUUUUAUAAUGUUAGUACUAUUGAUAUGAUUCUGAGAGGGGCUUCCAAAGUCAAAUUUUCAAUCAAUGGGAAACAUGUGUGGGCUCGAAAGUUUGUUCCGAAAGGAGCAAACACUGGUGGGGUUAUGCUUUCUGGAGAGACUUCUGGUUCUGGUUCUCGAGGUGCUAUAUAGCCAAAACUAUAUGAUGUUUAUGUGCCGUGCUGUCAUGUUUAGGGUGGUUUGAGAAGAUUUAGUUUUCAAUAUUAAUGUCCUCAUGUAUAAAUUUAUGUACUCUUGAUUUGCGUGAAUAAAAUUGUCUGGUUUAAAAAAAUCAAAUCUAUAGGAGUUUUUUGAUCAAUUCUCGUACAAGUUAUCAGUGUUCUAUGAAGAUUUUCGAUGGGGUAGAAGUGAAACUCGUAUCUGUCUCUUAACCUCACGUUUUACAUUCGGUUUUGUUUUUUUUUUUUUUUUUUACGGAUUGCUGUUGUUAAGUUGGAUUCUUGCGAGAAAUGGAAAGUCUUAGAAACACAUACGUGUAUACUCUGUUAUUGGUAAUGAAAAAUUGAGAUGACCUUUUAUGGAAGUUGAAGAAUGGUGUUAUUACGGUGAGAAAGAUAAGGAAGCGGUGCACUGGUUUUUGCAUUCUUUUUUUUCUUCUUCUGUUAAAACUAAAAUGCUAAAGUUACGAGAAAUCAUAUCAACUAAGCAAAUAAUGAAUUCAUGCCUUUAAUGGAUUUAUAUCCGAAGGAAAGAAUGAAUGGGGAUUUUGCAGUGUUGUCAAUUUUAAAUCACGUAAAAUAGUGGUUUGAUAAAAUUCUGAUACACAAUAUAAUGCCACUGUUUGACAACAUUUUGUACUAACCAGGGUAUUUCGGAACAUUAUUGAUAAAAUUACGUUAUAGGGCCGCUAAAUCCGCUAUUUAACAACACUGGUAUUUUGAUUGGGGAACUUAAUAUGUUGGUAGAUGCCAAUUCUAUUGAAUAAACGGAAGAUUUGCCACUGUAGUGUUUAUCUGUGUUAUUUUUUCCUUACUCACUGGCUGCAUAUUGGUACAACAAUAAAGACAGCUUACACUGACAGGGCUUCUUUUCUUCCAAGAUUAUGAACCGGUAUCUAUCAUAGGGACUCUAAAGAGUACCCGCACUUCAUUUCCUGCCCUCAGCUUAUGAUUCGAAAGUCGAGACUUCUUAAUGUGGUAUUAGAGUCUGGUUACUGUUUCAGUGUUUUGUAGCUUGGAUCACUAAGCUAACAUUUACUCCCUCCUUAGUUUUCGUUUACUCCCUCCUUAGUUUUCAUUUUAAGAUUAU